UAUAUUAACGUAUUCACUUUUUACAAUAAAGUUAACCUUUGAUUAAUUAAUAUAACUAUGCUAAUAAAGGAUAUAAAAUAAGAGAUGCAAUAUUAUAGUGUUAAUAAAGACAUGUAUGAAAAUAUAACAAUUAACUCGUUGAUAUAAUAUCGUAACUGAUAUCCAGAACUCUGAGAAAAGUUGUUGAGUUUAUCAUCCAUUUUUCGUAAUCGCUGAAGUUCAGUUGCGCUUGAGCCACUCUGUUGAGAUGAGCACGAGAUUUUCGGGGAUCAAAUUGGGACCUCCUAUUGAGGUUUUCGCUUUAAUAAAAGCUUUUAACGAUGAUACUUAUCAAAAAAAAGUCAAUUUGGCUGUAGGAGCUUAUCGUACAUCCGAAGGAAAACCAUGGGUUUUACCUGUUGUAAGGAAAGUAGAAAAGCAACUUGCAAUGGACGAAUUGCAAAAUCAUGAAUAUCUUCCGAUAUUAGGAUUAGAUGCCUUCUGUCAAGCUGCGACAAGAAUGUUAUUAGGUCCUAAUUCUUCGGCUAUUGCACAAGAACGUGCUUUUGGUAUUCAAACGCUUUCUGGUACUGGUGCAUUAAGAGUUGCUGCUGAGUGUUUAAGUCGUAUCCUAAAUUAUGAUACAUUUUAUUAUAGUAAUCCUACCUGGGAAAACCAUAAACUUGUAUUUAUGAAUGGUGGGUUUAAAAAUGCUUGCGAAUAUACAUAUUGGGAUUAUCAAAAUCGAAGAAUCAAUUUAGAUGGAAUGCUUAAGGAUAUAAAAAGCGCUCCAGAAAAUUCAGUUAUUAUUUUACAUGCAUGCGCCCACAAUCCUACUGGUUGUGAUCCUACGCCAGAACAAUGGAAAAAAAUUGCAGAUGUCAUCGAAGAAAAUCGAUUGUUCACAAUAUUUGAUAGCGCAUAUCAAGGAUUUGCAAGUGGUGAUUUAGACAAAGAUGCAUUUGCUAUACGCAUGUUUGCUGAACGUGGAUUGGAAUUUAUUUGCACUCAAAGUUUUGCCAAAAAUUUUGGUCUUUACAAUGAAAGAGUUGGUAAUAUGGUCGUAGUAAUGUCUGAUGCAAAGGAAGCAAUUGAAUUUAAAUCUCAAGUGACAUUAAUUAUACGAGGAAUGUAUAGUAAUCCACCCAACCAUGGAGCUCGUAUAGUAUCAACUGUGCUUAACAAUCCUGAUCUUUGUGAAGAAUGGAAAGAACAUAUUCGAACUAUGUCUGGAAGAAUAAAACAGAUGCGAGAAGGACUAUAUCAAAGAUUACUUAAAUUGGGAACUCCUGGCACAUGGGAACAUAUAACUACACAAAUAGGAAUGUUUUCAUAUACAGGUCUUAAUGAGAGACAAGUGAAACAUUUAUUGGAUCAGUUUCAUAUUUAUCUAUUACGCAGUGGACGUAUAAAUAUUUGUGGACUGACAGAACGUAAUUUGGAUUAUGUAGCAGAAGCUAUUCAUGAAGCAGUGAAACUAUUUCCUCAUACAGAGAAAAGUUGCAACUGUUGAUGCAUAUUUUCAAACUUGACAUCAUAGUAUAAUAAAUAUAAAUAUCAUCUAUAAGCCAUUGAUAUUGACAAUGGUGUUGAAAUGUUAUAAUAUUUUAUAUUCUAUGAAGUCAAGCUAAAUUUUUUUAGAUAGUUUACAGUAGUAAACUACUAGUUUACUGAUUACAGUAGUAAUUUCAGUAAAAUCUUUGCGUUAUCUUGUGUUACUGUUCAGUUUCAGAAUUUAAAAAAUAAGAUCUUAUGUUCACAUCUUGCUUUAAAACAUAAGAUUAACAUUAUUAUUUUAUCUUGAAAAGUACAAAAGUUAUUGCUGAUAGCAAAGUCUAUUCCGAUCGAUGUAAACCAGUAUUUCUACAGAGUAUAAAUAACACAAAUAGAUUUUAAUAUAUCUAUAAAUAAAAUAGUAAUAUAACGCGAAAGUGAAUAAUUUAAUUAGGAAAAAAAAAUUGCUCUGUGCGGCAAAAAACAAAGGCUGAUGUAUGAACAUAAGGUCUGUAUUUAAUGAAAUUUAACAAUUAUAUAGCAGACAUUAUGAUGGUGGUCCAACAAAAGAACAGUACAAAGUUAAUGCAUUAAUUAAAUAUUGAACUUUCAUACAAAUGAUAUCCUUUUUUUUUCUUCUUUUUUAUAGCAUCACUUUAAUACAAAAUUUGACAUUUAAAAAAAAUAAUUUUUUUUAUAUGUAUAAUGGUACGUAAAAACUUAUUGUUGAUUGUGCCAAUAUCCUUUUUCUUGUACUGUAUUGUGCAUUACAUGUGUUCUAAAAAUGAAACAAUUUAAGAAAGUAACAAAUCUUGUCAUAUAUAAGCAAAGAUAAAUGUUUUCCCUAUUUCUUUUCUGAAUACUUCAAAGCAGAGAUUCCACUUAUAUACAUGUAUAUAUAUACAUGAAUAAUAUAUAUAUAUAUAUAUAGUUCUAUUAAAAUGGACCAAAAAUCCAUGUUAAUAAACUAUAAAUAAAUUGUUAAUGUCAUAUUUGCAAACAAAAGAUAUAUGAUUGUUAUAUACGUAUAACGAAUAAUUUACAUAUAUUUUUAGUAACACUGUUAACAUUUAUAUACUUAGAAUAUUUUAACUUUAAAAGAGAAAAUAUAUUAUUACGAAUUUCCUUCCAGAUAUAAUAUUAAAACUGCCAAAGAGAUAGUCGAACGAAUCUUGUUCGAAGAAAAAAAAAUACUUUUUUACAUAUUUGUAUUGUACUAAACGUGACAUGACAAGAUAACACGUAUAUUUUAAAAAUCAGUCUAUCAAAAAAAGGAAACAUACCAAAAUAGUUGCAUAAGCAUAAAAUAUUAUUAUUAAAUAUUACAAGCAUUUAUAAUUAUCUAAGCAUUUAUGUAUAAUGAAUAUGAUAGAAAUUGGAAAGAACACAUGCUAUCCUGUUAUCCAAUAUUUGUAACUAUAGUAUAUUUGAAGAAAAUAAUAUUUAAAUUUAUUUAUAAAAGCAUAUACAUAACAAUAUACAUAUCCUUUUAUGAUUCAUAAACUUACAAAUAACGAUUAAAUGUAUUGCCUGUUAAUCAAAGAUUUAUACUUGAUAUAUAAUGUAAUAAUUGAUACAGACUAUAAAGUGAUGUAACAUAGGUUGUCCACAAAAGACACAUUAUUCGAUGUCUUCCACCGUCUUGAUGUUAAUUAAAUAAUCAUGUAGAUUUGGAACAUCUUAUGCGCAUAAUAUUUUAUAAUAAAUAAAGAAUAUAUUCUCUUUU